GUAUAAAAUUAACAAAACGCAACAGCCUGCCGAGUUUAACAGCGUCCUCCACGUCUAUCAGCUACAUAGAUAGGCUCCAAGUUACACCGAAAUACGAGAGAUAAGGAUCAAAAUGGCAGAUGUUCAAUGCUGUGGAAAAUGCACCGGCGCGAAGGCCACGUGCGACGAGGGCUGCAAGUGCCCGAAGUGUCAGUGCUGUGAAUGCAAGGACAAGGAAUGCUGUACUACCGAGGGAGAGGCCUGCAAGGAGUCUUGCCCUUCAUGUACCACUGCUAAUUGCUGCUGUAAACCAGAGUGUGCCAAUUGCGCUGGAAAGGACUGCUGUAAGGAUGGAAAGACUGCUGCACAUGACCACCAUCACUCCCAUCACUGUCAAAAGGAGGUAAGAGGCAUGGACUGCAUGGUGUAUAGGCAUCGAUUAAAAGCAAAGUAUUUUGUUAGCAUUGUAGUUUUUUUUUAAAUAAAUAUUUUUAUCUGAUGUAUUGAUUGCUUUGCGGCAUGUCUUUUGUUCGCUGUAUUUAUGGCCAUUCUCAUCUCGCAGACUGCUCAGUCCUGUAAGUGUGAAGCUGUAGAAUUUUCACCAAGGCCAAUUUUUAUUUUCCAAAAAAUCAUAGAAUAUCCCGUCAAGAGAACUUGACACACAUAAUGAUAAAAGAAAAGAUUUUGAGUCCUAUGCAAGAUUAUACAAGACCAGUAUGCAAAAUUUCGACACGCUUUGUUCCAGCAUUAGUUUCUGUAUAGAGGAUCACAGUGAUGUGCCAAAAGCUACUGAGCCACUAGAGGCAAUACGUCAUUAAAAAUAAAUAGCGAAAUUGCAUCAAUGGAUACGUUUUUAAGUGCUUGUUUUUAAUCUACGUAUAUAACCCGUGCGUUUUGUAUUUAUAAGUUUAUAAAUAUAUUGCGCUAGUUUUUCAGUUUGGAGUAUUUCACUUUACUUUUGCAUGACGUCCUAGUUUUCUGGUUUUUAUGGGAAAUGGGUCAUACAGGAAUUGUGUAUAAUCUUAGUCUUUCUCAGUAAUUUUUUUCUUCUUCAUAACA